GUUUCGGGAACCAACAAUAAAAAUGGCGUUUCUCGUCGAACAAGAACUGAUUUCUGCGCGAUAUUAGCAUUAGUUAGUAAUAAACAAAAUUGAAGCGUGGGCAAUGCAACAUAAAUGACGUUAAAUAAUGUAGUUUAACUAACUGUAAUCGAAUCAAUUGUUGCUAAAUCGAACGGUUCGCGCAGCUAACGUGCUUUAUCCGUAUUCAGUCGUCGUCGUCGUUGUUCAUAGUUUCAUUCGCUCUCUCGUCGCCUCUCCGUAAGUAUAAAACGAGAGCAGUGCGUAAAAAAACGAAAGAAUAUAUUUGUUGCAAAUGUUGAUGCUGUCGACUACGUAGUGUAUUGUUCAUAAUUCUAUAUGUGUAAACAUGCAUACAAUGUGUAGAAAUAUGCAAAUUUUAUAAUAACUAACAAGUGUGUGGUGCGGCCCAGCCUUUAUUUUAUUGCAAAUUCUGAGGCACAGACACACACACAACACAAACCACAAACACCGACACAAUCAAAAUAGUAUGCACCCAUACAAAGGCAGGAAACAAAUUAAAGUUAAUUAAGCAACUGCUGCUACUAUACAUAUGUAUGUACAUAAUUUAAUACAAUUUAUGAAAUAAUAAAAGUUAGUACUCGGUAAAUUGCCAACGCGCUGCUGCCUGCAACGUGCGUCGUCGUGACCAGUGUUUAUGUGUGCCUGCAUGUGUGUAUGCGUGUGUGUGUGUGACAUGUGCGUGUGAAAUUGUUUUAAGGAAACAACAACAGCAGCAGUAACAACAACUGCAGCAACAACAACAGAGGCAAAACAAUUUCGGUGUGCAUUUGCAGCGCCAGCGUUAACCAACAACCAAACAAUCCAUGAAUUAUAAAUAUUUCUCUGUACAAACAAUGACACACAACUGCAGCAGCAGCAACAACAACAACAACAACAGCAACAACAGUAACGGCAAAACUCAAGGCUACAACCACAACAACAACAACAACUGCAGCACCUGCGACCGAAACAACAAGAACUGAGAUACAUUUCAUACUAUUUGGUUUCUUUCUGUUGUAUCUUUACCUCCUUCCUUCACCUGUUUAUUUAUGCUGCCAGCAAACAAUUAUAACUACACACAUAUUUAACUUAAUGCCCAAAAAUGAACAACACAAUUGUCCGACUGACCAAUUGCUUUAUAAAUCAAUAACAAUAGUUCAACUAUACUUUUUGAAAACUAUAUAAAAACAACCAAAAUUAAAAGUCUGAAAUUAUGAAUAAAUUGGAUUAUCCACGUCGCAAUGGUACACACAAAGUUCGAGUAACGCUAUUGUGUGCAAGAAACUUGGCGCGCAAGGAUUUAUUUCGUUUACCCGAUCCGUUUGCCAAGGUUCAGGUGGAUGGCACCGGACAGGUGUACUCGACGGAGAUAAGCAAAUCCUCGCUGGAUCCCAAAUGGAAUGCACACUACGAUCUGUUUCUGGGACGUGGCGAUUCGAUAACCAUAACGGUGUGGAAUCAGCGCAAGAUUCACAAAGGCAGCGGCUUUCUCGGCUGUGUGCGGAUUCCCGCUCUGACCAUACAAAGUCUCAAGGGUGCGGGAUUUCAACGACUGGAUUUGGGCAAACUGUCGCCAGACGACGAUGAGUUGGUGCGCGGUCAGAUCAUAAUCUCGCUGCUGCCCAAGGAUGGACCCUGCAGCGGCAAUCCGCUGGCGAUAGUGGGUCCCAGCGGGGAUGUGCGGGGUCCCUCGGAGGAGGACUCGACGGAGGACUGUCUGCCCGAGGGUUGGGAGGAGCGACGCACGGACAACGGGCGCAUUUACUAUGUGAAUCAUGCAACCAAAUCAACGCAAUGGGAUCGACCCAGAGCGGGUACAAAGUCGCCGCAGCAACGACAACACAAUGGCAACAACAUUGACAGGCAACAGCAACAACAACAACAACCGGCGGGUCCAACACGAUCAACGACUUGCACGAAUCUGCUCAAUGGCCAUGGCAAUCGCCAGGGAUCGAGAGAGCCGCCAGACGAGCGACGCCACUCGACUGAAAUACUCUCCAGUGUAGGCGUGGGCGUGUCUGGUGCCAAGGAGAACACAAAUCCCAGCUCGGGCACCACGGGAUCAAAGACAACAACGACGCCGGGCAAGAACUCCAAGCUGAGCUCCAGUCGGUCUGGCAAUGCGGUGCUGGAACCUGCCAAUCCCAACCACAGCAGCAGCAACAACAGCAGCAGCAGCAACAACAGCAGCAGCAACAACACAGCAGCAACUGCAACAGCAGCAACAAAUACAGCCGCAACAACAACAACAACGGCGACUGGUCGCCUGCACAGCAACAACAGCAACAGCAACAAUGACAAUCAUCUGAAAACGCCAAAGCAUCAAACAUCCUCGUCAAUGAAUGGACACGUGUCUGGCGAGGCGACACCUGCUUCUCCCACUGGACAGCAACAGAACUAUGUGAAUGGCAAUCCCCAGGCACAAAGUGGCCAAGAGGCGCAGCCGCAGCAGCCCAACAAUGGCUGGUCAAUGGAAGAUGGCAACACAACAGCAAUGGGAACGGGAACGGGAACAACAACGCCGGCAACAACACCGCCCAGACAAAGUCCAACAACAGCAACAGUGACAACACCAACGACGCCAAUCUCGCCCACAACGAACAGUGGGAGCAAUGGCAAUGGCAAUGGCAAUGGCAAUGGGAACAGCAACAGCAAUGGACACGUGCACAGUCCCAAUGCCAAUAGUCAGCCAGUGGGCAGCAGAUCGGAGCGAGCCAGCGCAACCGCUGGCACAACUGGAGCACCAACGACAGCAACGGCCACGCAGCGUUCCCAGCGUCGCAGCUCGCGUCAGGCUGUGGAGGAGGUGGCGUCGUCGCGUCGUCGUUCUUCGCGUGGCACACGCAACGCUGCUGGCGGUGGUGGUGGCAGUGGAGCACUGCGUUAUGCGUCCGCCGCAUUGGCAGCGGCUAAUCAGGCGGCGCGUCCGUUUCUGGAUCUGCCUCCGGGCUAUGAGAUGCGCACCACGCAACAGGGUCAGGUGUAUUUCUAUCACAUACCCACGGGCGUGUCCACAUGGCAUGAUCCCCGCAUACCACGAGACUUUGACACGCAGCAUCUGACGCUUGAUGCGAUUGGACCGCUGCCCAGUGGAUGGGAGCAGCGCAGGACGGCCUCGGGGCGUGUCUACUUUGUGGAUCACAACAAUCGCACCACACAGUUCACAGAUCCGCGUCUCAGCGGCACCAUACUGCAAAUAAUACGACGUGGCGGAAGUGUGCCUCCAGCGACACCAAAUACAGCGGCAGGAGCAGCAGUCACAGCUGCUCCAACAUCAGCAGCAGCAACUCCAGCAUCGGCAGCAGCAACAGCAUCUCCACCUGCAACAGCAGCUCCGCCUGCAACAGCUGCUCCGCCUGCCACGCCCCAUUCGGGCGGCACAACGUCAACGGCGACAACGCCACAUCGGCACAUUGUGGUGCCGGAUCUGCCGCAGGGACUGCUCGAGGGUGCGGAUCUGUUGCCAAAGUAUCGACGGGAUCUGGUUGGCAAGAUGCGGGCGCUGCGCUCGGAGCUGCAGACGAUGCAGCCGCAGUCCGGCCACUGCCGGCUGGAGGUGUCCCGCAGCGAGAUAUUCGAGGAGAGCUACAGACUGAUUAUGAAGAUGCGUGCCAAGGACAUGCGCAAGCGGCUCAUGGUCAAGUUCAAGGGCGAGGAGGGUCUGGAUUACGGUGGUGUGGCACGGGAAUGGCUCCAUCUGCUCUCCCGUGAGAUGCUCAAUCCGCAGUACGGACUCUUUCAAUACAGUCGCGAUGAUCACUAUACGCUGCAAAUAAAUCCCGACUCUGGUGUCAAUCCUGAUCACUUGUCCUAUUUCCAUUUCGUGGGACGCACUCUGGGCAUUGCUGUGUUCCAUGGCCACUGUCUCGAUGGGGGAUUCACCACACCCUUCUACAAGCAACUGCUGAACAAGCCCAUCACACUGGGCGACAUUGAGGGCGUGGAUCCCGAGCUGCAUCGCAGCCUCACUUGGAUGCUAGAGAGCAACAUCAGCGGCAUCAUCGAGUCAACAUUCAGCGUGGAGAACAACAGCUUUGGAGCUUUGGUGGUGCAUGAACUGAAGCCCGGUGGUGCAUCGAUUCCCGUCACCGAGGAGAACAAGCGGGAAUAUGUGAAGCUCUAUGUCAACUAUCGAUUCAUGCGGGGCAUAGAGCAGCAGUUCCUGGCACUGCAAAAGGGCUUUUGCGAACUGAUUCCCAGUCAUCUGCUGCGACCCUUUGAUGAGCGCGAAUUGAAAUUGGUCAUUGGCGGCAUCUCCAGCAUAGAUGUCAAUGAUUGGCGCAACAAUACGAGACUGAAGCACUGCACCAACGAAACGACACAAGUCCUCUGGUUCUGGCAGGUGGUGGAGUCGUACAGCUCUGAGAUGCGAGCGCGUCUGUUGCAAUUUGUGACGGGAUCGUCGCGUGUGCCGCUGCAGGGAUUCCGUGCACUGCAGGGAUCGACGGGAGCGGUUGGUCCACGCCUCUUUACCAUACACCUCACAGCGGAUGUGCCGACACAAAAUCUGCCCAAGGCUCACACCUGUUUUAAUCGCAUCGACUUGCCACCCUACGAAAACUAUCAGCUGCUCUGUGACAAGCUGACCCAGGCCGUGGAGGAGACCUGUGGAUUUGCUGUGGAGUAGUUACAACGCACACACUGAUGCAUACACCCCCGCAUUCUUACAUAUAUAUACACACACACACACAUUAUAUCAUAUAUAUAGACAAAAGCGAUUUGAAAUCAAAAUUAUAAUGGCCUGGGCCUUUGAACCAUUUGCAUUGGAAUUUGUCUGUUGAAAUAUGCUCGGCAAUGCUGUUUAUUCUUUUGCUGCGCCUUUUGCAGUUAAAUUAAAAUUUAAAUUAAACAAA